ACCGACAGUGUUGCGUUACUGUCCGCUAUGGAAUGGUAGGCUACAGUCAUCAAUGGACAAUAGCAUUCACUAGCCUAACCUCUUCCCUUUUAUCUUUAUUUCUGCUAUGACUCGGAGGGAAGCGGAAUCAAAUUCGGCAUAGUUUCGCUUUAAUCGUUCGUUUGGUAGAUUGAACAUGGAGACAACGUUGUUUUAGCGCACUCUAUUGAUUAGACUCCAGUUGGUUUUCUAUUCCUCUCAUAAGAUUUGUUUGAUCGGAAACCUAUUGGACUCAUAAUGAUGGAAUAUUGGAGGCAGUGUGCAUUAUGGCUGAUCAACUGCAAGGUGCUUCCACCCAACCAUCGUGUGACAUGGGAGUCAGCUCAGGUAUUCGACCUGGCUCAGACCCUCCGAGAUGGAGUGCUUCUGUGUCAGCUUCUUAACAACCUCCGACCCCAGUCCAUCAACCUUAAAGAGAUCAACCUCAGACCACAGAUGUCUCAGUUCCUGUGCUUGAAGAACAUCCGGACAUUUCUCUCGGUGUGCGGUGACACGUUUGGCAUGAAGAAGAGUGAACUGUUUGAGGCCUUCGACUUGUUUGAUGUGCGGGACUUUGGAAAGGUUAUGGACACAUUGUCCAAACUGUCCCACACAACGAUUUCAGAACAGACUGGAAUAAAGCCUUUUCCUUCAGAGGAGAGUCUGGAAGAAGAUGAAGACAUCUAUAACCACCUGGAAGACCUGAUAGAUGAGAAUGGCGUGGAAGAUGAGGAGGAUCUCUAUGACUGCGUCUAUGAUGAUGAAGAUGGAGGAGAGAUCUAUGAAGAUCUGAUGAAGGCUGAGGCUGUCCCUCCCCCUCAGUUGUUACAGAAGCAGGUAGAGACGGACAUCAGGAGCUGCUGUCUGGCGGAGAUCAAACAGACUGAGGAGAAGUAUACAGAGACUCUAGACUCCAUAGAGAAGUAUUUUAUGGCACCUCUGACAUCGUUCCUGUCCUCCGAGGAGAUGGGGAAAGUGUUUGUCAACAUUCCGGACCUGGUGAAAGUUCACAAGAGUUUGAUGGUAGAGAUACAAGAAUCUGUCUGCCACCAAUGUGCCCAGAACCUCUAUCAGAUCUUUAUCAACUACAAAGAAAGAUUGCUAAUAUAUGGGAAAUACUGUAGCCAUGUAGAAACAGCUAUCGUGGCUUUAGAUGACAUCUGCAAAAACAGGGAAGACGUCCGAAUGAAGCUGGAGGAAUGUGCAAAGAGAGCCAACUACGGAAAGUUUACACUGAGAGAUCUGCUGGUGGUCCCUAUGCAACGGGUACUGAAGUAUCAUCUACUUCUACAGGAAUUAGUUAAACACACUCACGAUGCGGGUGACAAGAGCAAUUUGCGGCUGGCGCUGGAUGCCAUGAAGGACCUGGCACAGUAUGUCAAUGAAGUGAAGAGAGACAAUGAGACACUGAGAGACAUAGCCCAGUAUCAGAAAUCCAUCGAAAACCUUAAUCAGUCCCUUAGCAUUUAUGGUAGACCAAAAGGUGACGGAGAAGUACGAGUCACUUCAGUUGACAAACGUGCGAAACAGGACAGACACAUCUUCCUGUUUGAUGCUGCAGUGAUCAUCUGUAAGAGGAGAGGAGAUAACUACGAGAUGAAGGAGGUGAUCGACCUACACAACUUCAAGAUCACCAACAACCCCACGUCCGACAAGGACAACAGAAAGUGGACCCAUGGAUUCUACCUCACACACAACCAGGGACAGAGUGGGUUUGAGUUCUUCUUUAAGACCAAGGAGCUGAAGAAGAAGUGGCUGGAACAGUUCGGCAUGGCCAUAUCCAACAUCCGUCCAGAGAACGGUACUAGUAACUUUCACGAGUUCAAGAUGCACACCUUCGACAGGAUCACAUCCUGCAGCUCCUGCCACAUGCUGCUGAGGGGCAUCUUUAACCAGGGGUACAUGUGCUCCAAGUGUGGCUUUGGAGCCCAUAAGGAGUGUCUGGGGAGAUUCGGUGGCUGUGGGAAAACAGAUCCAGGCUCUUUUAGAACUCAGGACAAAUCCGUGCAUGUGCGGUGUCCAGAUCCAGGGUUACCUAAGAUGUUGGUGACCAGGAACUAUUUCGGGGUGCCCAAUCCUGUAUGCGGCCCGCCCCUCAACAUCCAGCAGGGCGACAUCAUCGAACUGGUCUGUGCUGAUCUCCACAGCUCCUGGUGGCAGGGCAAAAUCCUAACAACGAGAGAGGUUGGCUUCUUUCCUAGUGACGCAGUGAAGCCGUGCCCAUGUGUCCCCAAACCUGUCGACUACUCCACACAACCCUGGUUUGCUGGGCCCAUGGAGAGACUGCAGGCCGAGGCGGAGCUGAUUAACCGAGGGAACAGCACCUAUCUGGUCCGGCACCGGAGCCGCGAGUUCACAGAGUACGCCAUCAGCAUCAAGUACAACAACGACGUGAAGCACAUCAAGAUUCUAACCAGGGAGGGCUGCUUCCACAUCGCAGAGAACAAGAAGUUCAGGAGUAUAUUAGAGCUGAUUGAGUACUACAAACACCAUUCCCUGAGGGAAGGCUUCAGAAGUCUGGACACCACCCUGCAGUUCCCUUACAGAGAGCAGGAGAAUGCUACCCUGCUUCGCACUAACAGACCUGGAGGAAACACACCAUUGCCUUGCGGGCUGUCUUAUGUGUGUCCUGCCGGCUACAGCUUUGUUCCUCCCUCCUCCGCUCCUUUCUGGUCAGUGUUCACCCCUAAGGUGAUAGGGGUAGCGAUAGCCCGCUAUGACUUCAGCUCCAGAGACACCCGAGAGCUGUCUCUACAGGAGGGGGACGUGGUCAAGAUCUACACCAAGACAGGGGCAAAUGGCUGGUGGAGAGGAGAGGUCAGCGGCAGGGUCGGCUGGUUUCCGUCUACCUACGUCGAGGAAGGCGAGGAGUGAAACCUGGAAAAAGAAAACAAACAAGGAAAAUGGAAAGAAAGAAGGGAGGAAACGCUGAGGGAACGACAGAUAAAGCGAACUGAGACAACUUGGUUUUAGUACUGUACUGGACUCUAUGGUUGACACAACAGCUUGCUGCGAUGGACCCUCCUUCUCUUGCUGACUCACCCUCUUAUUGACUGUUGCCUCAGUGACGUCUCAUAAUUAUUCGGGAGAAAAGGGGUUCCUAUAUGGACUAUGGACACGUUCUCUCUGCUCUGCCACAUCAAAAGACUAGCAGCUUGGCUGGCAGCAGGGGGAGGAAAUUUGCCAGAACCUAGAUCCCGCCGUCGUCGUCCCCUGCCCUCCCCCUCGCCCCUCCCCACCUACCUGGGCCACAGCUACGGCAGGAUGAGGAGUUUGAGAGAAGAGACAGAAAGAGGAGGAAGUGAUCAGACACACCCCGGGCUUGCCCUGCCCUGCGGUGGCCGUGGCCUGCCUUGGUCUGUCCUGCCUCGGCCUGUGUCUGUCCAACUCACUCUCCUAGGUAGCGAGUGAAGAUAUGGGUGUGACACACACACACAAACACAGGCUUGGAAGCACCAAUCCCCCCGCUGAUUACCAUCACAACCACUGAACCUGGAACAAACACACACUAAAGAUGACAGAGAGGAAUGUUCGGGGGUCUCAUCACAACCCUGCCCCAGAAACGGAGCGCCGUUGGUUCCCCUCCCCCCUGCACCUCCUCCGCCCCUCUCCCUCCUGUCCAACGUUUCCUCCCAACAUGUUCGGUUUCCGUAGCUGUUUGUCUCCUCCUGUUCCUGUCUAUCUAGGUGUGUAGUAGGCUGGGUUGAGGAGCUGUCUCUCCGGAGACUGGCUGGGUUGUGAGCUUGUUAGUGUUACCAUAUGAUGGACGCCUGACUCCCCAACUCUCUCUGCUCUUUACACUCUCUCUCUUCCUUCUGACUGAAAACAACAUGGAAGACCACUGAAUUGCUGUUCUUCUAACUCUCUGUAAAGUAUCUCCCUGCCUCUGUAUCUUCAUCUCCUAUUUACAACCCCCCACCCCGAAAGGGGUUUUCCAGUAGAGGUUUCAAGCAGUGUCUUCCUGCUUACUUAAUCCUCUAAAGAGGGGGAUUUAGCUACAGUGAUGACAUUACACUGAAACACGCUUAAAAAACACUUCAGCAGGGCGGAUCAGGCAAUAUAAUAAUAUAAUAAUAAUAAUAAUAAUAAUAAUAAUGUUAUAGUCACCUUAGAUGAUAGAGGGUAAAUGCCAAGUCCCAGCUCUACCAAUAUCAAUGUUUUUCCCUAUGACUUUUUAGUCACUAUGUAAUGUCACCACAAUCUGUCAUAGUCUGAACCCCCUCAACAAUGACUGGCAGGUUUAUGCACUGUCUCAGUUUGUUAAUAAGAGCUCUGUGAGGUGGUGGUUAAAGUGGUGGAAUCUAAGAUGGGGUUUAACCACAGGAGGUGAGCAGCUGGCUAGACUGACAUGUGAACAUGUGACCACACAAACAGACAAACACAUACGCACACGCACACACACACACAUCUUUACAGCACAGCCAUACCCAUCUUCAGUUCAGCCAUUCAAUAUCCACAGAUACGCCAUUAUAUGUGACAUGAAAACAUUAGUAUGUGACGUAGAUAUUAUGUGAGUGAAGAACUAGGAUGCAAGGUCAUUCAUGCAGUGUCCAUAUCCCCUGUGUGGAUUCAUUUAGCGCCAAACUGAGGACGCCAAGUGAAACACGUAAAGGUCUACCUGAAUGUGUCUAGUAAGAAACACUUUAUUUUGUUUUCUGUUGUGAAUCCUUUUGGCCUGGUGUGCAAUAAUGAAUAGGCUGUUUUCCUGUUAUUUUUCUGUGUGUUGAUGCUGGUCAUUGUGGCACAAGAGGCGUGAAUUGAAGUGAAUCUGAUCUUUGGAAUGCUGGGAAUUUGCGUUGUUGUUAUCAUAUGUACGUAUGUCCCAAAGGAUGGCAGAGUAAUCUGUGAUACAGAAUCGGUGUGAUGAGAAACUCUAAGGCAGGGGUUCUGAACUCUGAGCUUCGGGACCUGGAGUAUUACCUGUUUUCUAUUCUACCUGGUAAAUCAAGGACCCAGGUCUAAAUCAGUCCUGGAUUAGUGGGCUAGAAUCAAAACCAACCGUACUCCAGCUCCAGAGGGCUAGAGAUAAGAACCACUGCUGUAAGGCAUAAAGUUGUAUCCCCUGUGUGUAUUUUUCCCACCGCUAUGCCAUUGUCGUGCAUUUCUCAAGUAAGGGCAGCUCAAAUGUCAUCCUAUUUUUAUAAUUUUAUUUGUGUUGAUGUGCAAGCCAUCUGGAUAAUGUCUUGAUUUGAGGAAAUGUGUAAAGAAAAAAAAAAGAAGAAAAGAUGUGUUUUCUUAGAUGUGUUUAUUUCUGAAUGAUAUGGUUGGAAUAUGUUGGUGUGUGUACAGGUAGCAUUGUCAAGUGCCACUCUCCUCCCAGUAUCGGUGCUACUCUGUUUAACCCGGAUUGGCUAAUGGUUACCACCAGAUGGCAGCAGCAUAAGUGCUACUUACCUUUGCCACUUUCUGCUUAGCCUCAGCUUCCUUCAACCAUGAUAUAUGGUCUCCUUCUUUAUCAAUGUUGGCCCGGGGAUGUUUAAAACACUUAGGGAGGUGCAUUUCAUCUGAUAACCCCUGCACUACAGACGGUACAGAAAGACCAGUUGAGGUUCCAGCGGUGUUUCUAUUGUCUUUUAGUUCUUAAGUCUUAAUUCAUAGCAUGGGAUCUAAUAAUAUAGUCACCUGCAGAGAAGUGGGAACAGUCUUUCUAAACAUGGGAUCUAUAAACUUCUUUCAAAGACGGGUUCUAGUAACCUUCUUCAGGGGAGAACUUUGAUAGUAAAGCAUUUGUACUGACUAGGCUUCUUCCUUCCAUGUGUGUAUUCACUACCCCUGCCAGAACAGAACACAGCCUGAAGGGUAUCAGUGAUCUGAUCUUUACACGAUCUUUCCUCACCUGGCAGACCCACUACAUCUGUCCAUCGCUACCUCUUACUUUCCCCUUCCUCCAUCUUUCUCUGUAUAGUCCACUAGACAUCCCCUCUCUCUCUCUCCUUUGUUUCUGUUUGUUUUUCUGUCUUCUGUCUGUCUCUUUCUCUCUUAGUCCGUAUGCUUUCUCUGUCUCUGUCACUCUCCUUCGUCCUUCUCUCUCCCUACAUUCUAUUUCCCUCUCCACUAUAUUCUUUUCUUAUGUUGGUGAAGUAUUCAUAUAAGGACAGGAGAUAUCCACUAUUAUAUUAUGAAAAGGAGGGAGAGAAGAGGGUGCUCAGUUCAUUCUGCUUCUCCAUACAAUACAGCCACACAGUUCACUUGAAUCUAUGAAAACAGAAAGAAUCCCACUGUCUGGGACCAGCCACUGAAGCUUGCUUCCAAAACAGAAGCCCAAGUCUUUGAUCAUCAGCAGAGCUGUCUUUACUGUGUCUCAGGCUGGAAUUCAUUCAAACCCUGCCAUGGAAGUAUUCAUACAGUGUCUUCAUUUACAAUAGUCACCGCAUGCCCACACACUUCUAAUUCCGAAAAGCAAACUCAGACCACUGAGAGGGAUUGCCCUGAUAGUAGUUGUAUUUUAUAUAGGACUGAAAGCCAGUCUGUGAAUAGUUUCUGGUUUUUACACAGGACCCAACAUCAGUAUGUGAGUUGAUUCCACGUGGAGGAGAUUUACUGUGUGAAUGUUGCACUAUUGGUUUGAUUGCAUAAAGCCCUUGGUUGUGGUGAUAGUGAACUGUCAAACUGUUGUCACAUCCUAUAUGAAGCCAAAGACGUAUACAAUACUGUACCUAUCUGUACUUGACAUUCUAGAGUGUAAACACCAUGGUAACCUUCCACUGUGGCCUGACCAAUCGCUAGCCAUGCAAUCUGAGUCACAUAGUAUUGUAUUAUACUGUAAAUAUGAAGAAAUCAUAAUAAAACCCACAUGUAUAUUGCAUUUUUAUAUCA